UUACAAUAAACUAGAUCACAUCUGGGUCGUUUUUUGGACAGGCAGAUUUCCCAGCAAAACUUGCAACAAUGAAACUAACUGCAGCUAUAUUUCUGCUUCUUGUGGUAUCCGUGUAUUGCUCAGCUCAAACUCCAAAUAUCGUGUUUAUCCUGACGGAUGAUCUAGACACCGAGAUUGGUGGCAUGACACCACUCGAGAAAACAAAACGACUCAUCGGUGAUAAUGGUAUCACUUUCCUAAAUAUGUUUGUCACAACACCGAUUUGCUGCCCAAGCCGUGCCAGUAUUUUCACGGGGAAGUAUCAGCAUAAUCACCGGACGUUGAACAACACAGUCGAUGGCGGCUGCAGCAACACUGCUUGGCAGCAGACAGAAGAACAUAAGGCGUUUCCGUUUCAUCUCCAGACACAAGGAUAUGAUACAUUCUUUGCUGGGAAAUAUCUCAAUCAGUAUGGCAUGGAUACAGUAGGGGGUGUCGGACACGUCCCCCCAGGUUGGAGCUCCUGGGUCGGGCUGGUGGGCAACUCGGUGUAUUACAACUACACACUUUCUGUCAAUGGAACAGCAGAAACCCAUGGUCAUGACUAUACCAGUGAUUAUUUAACAGACGUCAUUCAUAAACGCGCCAAGGAGUUCCUGGGAGACAAGACAAAUGACAGUUCCCCGUUCUUCAUGAUGCUGUCCACUCCCGCCUGCCAUGACCCCUGGGAGCCGGCUCCACAGUAUGAGAGCAACUUCCCAGACAUACAGGCUCCACGGUUUGGAUCCUUCAAUACUCACGGAAAGGGAAAGCACUGGCUUAUUCAGCAAGCUAUAACGCCCAUGGACAACGACACUAUCGCCUUUGUUGAUGACGUGUACAGAAGAAGAUGGCGGACACUCCUCUCGGUUGAUGACAUGGUGGAAGAUUUAGUGAACACGCUGGAAGCUAAAGGACUCCUCGCUAACACCUUUAUCUUCUUCUCCUCCGACAACGGCUACCACACAGGUCAGUUCUCGAUGCCGACUGACAAACGUCUCCUGUACGAGUUCGAUGUCCGAGUUCCCUUGUUGGUUCGAGGCCCCGGAGUUGCAGCAGGGUCAAAGAACGAGGAAAACGUCCUCAACAUAGACUUUGGCCCGACAUUUGUGGAGUUGGCAGGUGGUCAUGUUCCAGACACUAUGGAUGGGAAGUCUUUGGCGUCGGUGUUGCACAACACCAGGGAUGAUUCGGUGCCGUUCAGGACGGAGUUUCUCACUGAGUACCAAGGGGAGACCAACACCAAUAUAUUCUCCUGCUCGCAGUGGGAGAACCAAGGAAUGGCGUACUGUCCCGUGUGGGCCCAUUGCGUCUGUGAAGACUCCUGGAACAACACCUACACGUGCAUCAGACGGAGUGACGGAGAACAGAAUAUGAAAUUCUGCCAGUUCGCCGAUAGUGAGAGUUUUGAGGAGAUGUAUGAUCUGAGCCGCGACCACUAUGAGCUGAUGAACAUCGCAAAGUCUCACCCCGAGGAGAGAUCCCAGCUUCUGGAUGCCAUGUCUCGCCUCGUGGCUUGCAAUGGCGCCUCAUGCCGUUCUCCGCAAGCAAAUCUCAGUUGAAUUGUGUGGGAUCUGUUGAGGUGUAUCCAUAAUGUAAUGAACAUUUUGUGAAUGAAUAAAGAACGAACAAACUGGUA